AAGUAACCUGUAAUAAAGUAGCAAAUAAGUAACACCGCAAUGCGACGAGAAUAAACAGCAACAAACACACAUAAAUCAGUUAUGGCUAAUAUUUCACCCUGGCAAACAGGGCUUCAUUCGGCUGUAGCCAGAGCUGCUCGUGACGGUAUCUUUAGAAAAUUUCCCGCGGGCACUCGGGAUGCCAUGCAGAAGUUUAUAGAAGACGAUAUAUAAUCAGCCCGCGCACUCAGCUGCAUGCUAAAGGUUGAAUCAUAAGGAGCCUAUUAUAGUGAUAAACUGUUACUAGAAUUACUUUUGACUGGAUUUAUAAUUAUAUUGAGCUCUAAAGAGCAGUUAAUUGGAGAAUAGGCUUUGAAUAGAAUAUUUAAGGGGGGGCAACUAGGAGCAGUUGCCCCUCCCUCGACGAGUUGAAGCAAGUCUGGCACCCCAUUUUUGGGAAUUGUGUGCCCCUUUUAAAGAAUGAGAAUCAGGUGAAAAGUUUCUGAGACCGAUGGGUUAAUUUGCUUCAAGGAUUACCAAGGAAAGUUAUUUGUUCAUUUGAAAAUGGAUAUUAAAUUGUUGUAUACAGCGUACUCUCGUCACCAAUUUUUGAAAAAUUUUCAGCACCCCCAUUACCAACUGCCCCUCCUUCAAAUUUUCUCUGGAUCCGCCCUUGCAAUAAGCAAACAGCUAUUCAUAUUCUCAUCUUCCGCUUUCAGCGAGUAAACAAGCAAAUGUCAGGUAACUAUUACAGCCAAUAUGUCAAUCUUCUAAUAUAAAUGCUUACAGUCAAAAAUUCAUUAGUUUUUAUCUCCCAAUAACGGACAAUCGUCUUGACAGUGGACAUGCCCUCUUAAGUCACAGCACCCCAAGUCGCAAAGUUGUUCAUUGAAUUGCGAUACCACUAUAAUAUCCAGUUUACUGCGGAUCAUUUUCAUGACUAUAGUUUAUUUUGAUACGCUAUGACUUUAUACAUAAUUUUUGUGCGCGGAAAUACACGCAAUAUUUUUGUGUCUAGGAAGCUUUUCAUAUCCAUUAUAUUAGGAACGGCUCUUAGAAGCAAAAAAUAAUUAAAAAUUGAUCCUUCCUUCUACCGUUCUCCUCCCUUCCUAUUCCCUCUUCGUUUCCCUUCCUUUUCUCUUCCUUUCCCUUCCUUCGCUUCCCUUCCUGUUCCCUUCCUUUUCUCUCCUUUUUUUCUAUUCCUUGUAGUAUCCUUCCCAAAAAAUAUGAAUCAACGGCUGUCGCAGCCUUCUCUGAGUCCACAUCGACCCCUACCUCUUCUUGAACUAAUGCUUCAACACUUUCUGUAAGUGUAGGCAAUGUAAAGAAAGAUGGCGGAGAAGCAAUAUCAUUUUCAACUAAAUCAGUUUUAUAAACAUUACCCCGAUGGAUGAAAAACAAGAGAGCUUCACUCCCUCUUCUUAUUUUUUACUGAAUACGAUCUGAUCUUAUUUCUUGGCAAUUCUUAAUGAUUUGAUUUUCUCUGCACUGAUAGCUGAUGGAAUGAGGCCGCGUGAAACUCCGAGUGGCAACUUAGAACCGUCCUGUUCAAUACACCAAAUAGUGUGUAAUUUAGCCUUUGAUUGGGUUUAAAAAUAUAUUUGUCUUAAUCUUCUAACUUUAUAUGGAUGAUGCACUUGUUACUGAAUGGAAAACGCUGCAAAAUACUAUAUUUGUAUUUUCAUGGCACUGCUCAAGUCAUGUCAGGACCUCUACUCUGAAGAAACAAGGAAUUUGAGCGGAGUUUACAAAUUACAGGAUAGUGAGCAUUACUGUCGAAUGAAUGAAAUUAAAGGCUGUGGUGCUGGGGGAUGGACAUUGGCCAUGGUAAUGGACGGCAUGAAUAUUACAUUUGCUCCAUGUUCAGACUACAGGACCAACGAUGCAGUAUACAAUACUGAAAAUGGCCUGAAAUCAGUUGAUAAUGAUGUAGAAGCAAAGUAUCCAGCGUUCUCGUCAAUCCCAUUCAAGGCACUGUGUAUCGGUAUGAGGCGCAGUGGUACUACCAAUUGGAUUCAAAUUUUGAUUGCUUGUUCCUCAUUAAAAUAAAUAUUUGCUGGUAACAGAUACAUACCAACAAGUGUGAGCAGAGAAACCUGGAAGAGUCUUAUUGGUGCAGAGGCAUCACUUCAGUAUGAAUGUAACAGACAAGGGUUUAACAUAAUGGAUUCUGGCGAUGGUGUUUUAUGAAUAGAACUGGUUACAUUGCAAAUAAUGAAUAUGAUUGACAAACAGCCUAUUCUUUCAUUGGCUUCGGCUCAGUAAAUGUCAAACUCUGCUAUUUGACACAGCAGCCAAUAACCUGUCGAAAUUUAGGCCAAUAUUAUUCUGAUAAUGGCUUCAAAUAUUUGCCAGCCAUUGGAUGCAUACUAAUACAAUGAAAAAACAGACAUUGAUUGGCAACCUUAGUUAGUCACGACCAAAUAGCAAUGUCAUAUAGUUGCAUUUGUUAAUGAAAGGAUAUUUAUAACUAUCAUUUACCUCUAAUAUUCAAUUGGUUAAUGCUCAGGGAAAAACAUAAACCAAAAAUCAUAUUAUUUUGCUUUGUAGAUAUGUAUAACCAACGUCAGAUCGAAAACAAUUAAAGCUUUCACAGGAAAUACCAGGUUGCUAUUAAUCUGAAUAUUGAAAUAAAGUAAAAACAAUAGGUUAUAUUUCCUUCUAUGGUUACAUACUAAGCACUGCCUGGCCUUUUUCACCUGACAUGUAUUUUUGGUAUAUGAUAUGGCUCGUAUCCUUAUAUUACAAUCGAGACUAUACCAAGCAAUAAACAAGGCAAGUACCACAGGAAAGGAAGACCAUAUCCCCCUUGGCCAUUAACUACGAUUUCUUGAUGAAAUUCCAUAUGUUGCUUCGCCGAAAUAAUACAUUCACAGCUUAGCGCUGAAGAAGACAUGACCAUAAAAAAUAUGAUUGUUCGCGAUGCAUGCUUGCCCUUUAAGUGAAACGAGUCAUUUUGUCAACAAUAAAAUACCAACCACGUACCUUGCGU